GAUGCGUGCAGUACCCAGCGCGGCCUGCCUGGUGGCGCUGCUGCUGUUUCCACUGGUCGCCAUCGUUGAGCCUCAGGACGAGUUUGCCGAGUUUGAAGAUAACGAGUUUGCGGAGUUUGAGCACGUGAUCGAGGAUGAGGAGGAGGGAGACUUCCUGAGUAUCGAGACGGAGGAUGAAGAAGAAGAGGUACUGUGGGAAGAUGUUCUGGAUGCUGAGUUUGAUGAUGGGGAGGCUGAUGUGCAGGUGGAGGAUGAUGAGGAUGAAUUUGAGCAGUUUGAUGAUGAGGAGUUUGAAGGGUUCGACUCGGAGCGAACCGGACGGAAGGGGCGGAGCCAGGACCCGCCCGACCUCAAGAUCACAAACGUGCCGUACCACCUGCGCACAAGCUGGGAGAAUUUUUACCUGGAGAUCCUGAUGAUCGGGGGGCUGCUGGCCUACGCCAUGAACUACGUCGCCGGCAAGACCAAGAACCACAAGCUCGCCAGCGCCUGGUUAACAGCACAUAAAGACCUGCUGGAGGCAAACUUCACGUCUGUUGGGGAUGAUGGGCAGGGUGCAGAGGUGCAGUCUGGGAUACUGAUGAAGGAGAGCGAGCACAUCUACUCCAUCUGGUGCUCGGGGAGGGUCUGCUGCGAGGGGAUGCUGGUCGAGAUAAAGCUGCUGAAGCGUCAGGACCUGGUGAGCGUGAUCUCGCGUAUGAUGCGCCCGUCAGCCGACCUGGUUACCGUAACCGUGGACUUGGGCGUGGCAGACAUGGACAGCUUUGUGUUCGCGGUCGGCAACAAGAAGACGAUCGGCCGACUCCACAAGGACAUGAACGACCUGAGUCUGUUCGUGCCUGACAAGCGCCCGGGAGAGAAGUACGGUCUCCCGUCCGGCAUGGCGAUCCUGUCAGAGUCAGGGGAGGUCACCAACGCCAUGAUCGACAACAAGAUGGUGCGAGUGCUGAAUAACUAUGCAGAAAUGUUCGACUUCCUACACAUCUCGGACCAGUUCUCGGGGCCAAAGGUCAAGGACGGUGACCCUCAGCCUGCCACCAAGAUGCCUGAUACCAAGAAGACCAUCAUCUUUGCCUUCAAUGUUCCAGGGCAGGGCCGCAGCUCAGUGAAGGAUGUUUUCUCCAUGGAGCCGAUGAUGAAACUCGUCUUCCACGUUCUGGACAAAGUCUCCCGCUUCCGCCUCAGCAAGGAGGCUAAGACGAAGGCUGACAAGACGCGGCUGAAGGUGGAAGAGUCCUUCCUUAAGAUGACGCAUGCCCAGCGGCAGGAGGCGGCCCAGGCCCGCCGCGAGGAGCGCCGCCGCGCCGAGAAGGACCGCAUGAUGGCGGAGGAGGACCCCGACCGCCAGCGCAAGAUGGAGGAGCGGGAAUAUCGCCGAGACAUGAAGAAGAAGCAACCCAAGGUCAAGCAGCUGAAGGUCAAGAUGGGCUGAUGACCUUGACCCAAGUGCAAUAAGAAGUGUGAAGGGCACAGUUUGAAGGUCAACGGUAGUUAGGGAUUGUAAUUUGAUACAUACAUGGGACACAUCUAUGUGACACGUACAUGCGACACAUAUAUGUGACACGUACAUGGGACACGUCAAUGUGACA